AUGACUCGAAUAACUAGAUCUAAAAUCAAGAGCAACCCCGAUCUUGAGAACAGCUUGACCCCUCCUCUUUUGCCUUUUACAAGAAAAAGAAGAAGAAGAAAUGAGAUAGAAUCCUCAGCGACUCAAACCUCUGAUACUGUUGGUUCUUUGGCUUCUACUCAAAUUCCUGCCACUCCAGCCUCCAUUUCUUCUUCUGGUCCUACUAAAAUUCCUAUUACUCCAACUUCUAAUGCGGAAUCUAGUACUGAAUCGCUGCCUACCAAAAAUUUGGGAUUUAUAGAUUUGACGGGUGAUAUGAAUGUCAGAAAAGCUACUUCGUUAAAUCUAAAUAUGCCGCACUCUUUGCAGCAGUCUUUGGGAAAAGCUGUUUUUAUUGAAAUGCCCACGGGUACCCCCUUCCUUUCGGAGCUCAGCCUAAACGACAUGGUAGAUGUUGCUGGUGAUAAACUUACAAAUUUCAGCAUUUUGUGGGUUUUUGCAGCUUGUAUAGCUCUUGAGAAAAAGAAAAAUCCGUCUAACAUGGAGCUAUUUUUUAAUAAAAAUUGUAUUGUCUCCUCUAAUGCUAAUGACUCCCUUCUAUACUUUUUCCCUUCUUUUUCUUAUACAAACAACAACAAUGAUUUUGGGACAUAUCUCGGGAACACGUUUCAGCAAUCUUCAUGGUUUAAAUCUUUUCGAACUGGAAAUUCCAAUCAAGAGUUUGGUUUAUUUCUUCCGAUUAAUUACAUUGAGCACUGGUCUCUGGUUUUUGUUUAUUGUCGUCCAAUUGAUAGCUGCUUUAAGGUUUUUGUAAUUGAUUCCUUAUAUUCAUCUCAGGAAUCAUUUUUUGAAAAAGCUUCUCAAAAGAGCCAACAUUUUGAUUUAGAAGCUUUUAUAUCUAAUCUUAAUUUGCUUCGACAAAACCUUUACCCUUCUAGCGAUUUCACUACUGAUACUGCAUCACCAUCAAAGCUUUUAUGUUUUGAGGAUCUGAAGUUUAAAAAGCUACAUGUACAAAAUGAUGAUAGAAGCUGCGGUGUACAAAUGGCUUUAAAUGCGACGUGCAUAUGUGGGGCUUAUUUAUCAUCUGAUGGUAUUUUAACUUGGCUACAAAGUGAACCCUCAUUACCACAGUACUAUGGUGACGAUUUGCUAGAAUUUCGAGUCCUUAUUGGAUACGAGAUAGCUAAAAAUCCUUCUCUUAUGCCAUUCCCGGGAAAAAAGAAUACAAGAAAUACUUCCGUUAAUUAUUUGGGUGAAUUGGAGUUAACCAGUGAAUUCAAAAAUUAUUUUACUACGACUUAUGAGGAAGCUUCGGCAGCUCAUUUUGUGAGGAGAAAUGUAUUAAUGUUUUUUGACAGAUUGAACCAUCAAAAAAAUGAGCGAGUACGAUCUAACUACAAUAUUCAUGCUGAAGUAUCACCUAGUACUGAAUCUUGUCCUUAUUGGCCUGACAGGUUCAAAUUUGAAACAGCAUUGAUUAAUUUAGAUUACUUUAAUCUUUAUCCGAAUCUUUCCAACAUCAUUCAAGAAGGAAAAAAAGAGGAGGAAAACAUGUGGAGAGAAAUUGUGAAUAAAGAGCUACACAUUCCUUCUUUUGAGUUGAUUUGUGAUUUUAUUGAACGUCCCAGUAAAGAUAAUUAUCUGGCCAUUUAUGACCAUUGUAUCAAUCUUAUUCCAGAGGAGAGUUUUUCUUUGAAUUUUCCAAAAGGUAUUGAUCCCUUCUCAAUAAAAAUGCUGCUUUCUUAUCUUCCUAGAGCAUUUUCCGAUUAUAAAAUCACUCGUGAAGCAGGGCGCUAUAAAAAGCAAAUUCUACUUGUGAAAAAAAGAAAUCAUUUAGAGAACAGCUCAGUUAACCACAGCUCUUUUUUGGAAAAAAAAACUAAAGGCAAGCCAAAUACUCAAAUAUUGGUUCCAUCUCAUAUGAUAUCGAUCUUACAAGACUAUUCUAAAAAGGGUGAAAUUAAAGGUGCAGCUCAGUCAUGGGACACAUUUAUUGCUACCAGACUUAACAAAGAGUAUUACCAUUUUUCUAAAAAGCUAGUUCGCUACAUUUUUUCAAACAGAAGUCUUAACCAAAUAAACGAUGAAACGACAUCAAGUUCUUCUUCUUCAUCUUUUAAUUCGGAAUUAGAAACCGUUGUGGGAACAACCGAGGAAAACACCACAAUUUAA